AAUUAUCAUAUAUGUAGAGAGAGGGUGAGAGCAACGAAUCAAGGCGAAUAAUAAGCUGUUUCUUGGGAUACUGAGCGGCGUUUUGUUCACUCCCUCCCCUUUGAAAUGUUUACGUACUCUCUUUACAUUUUUGCUUAAUGGAAGCUGGUAUUCCGGCGCCAAUGUAACCGUCACAGCUUUCAAUUAGCCUUUCAAUUGAAUUUAUAUGCUGGGUUUUUCCAUUUGUAGUAUUUAAUGCUUUUAAUACUGUGUAAUGAGGAGUAUUCAGUUCGUACAGAAAGGAGUGUAAGAAGGUGUAUUAUAUUGUGUUUAUAUUAGCCAUUAUCAAUUAUAAACUUUGAUUGUGGAUUUAAAGAUCAGUUUCUUUAUCAAAACAAGAGGAGCUUUAAUCAUGGCAAGGUCAUUUUCUCAGCCGAAAAGCAGUUCUCCAUCUGAAGGGAAUAGGGUUGAGGAUGUUUUGUAUCCAGAGCUAUGGAAGGCUUGUGCAGGUCCGUUGGUGGAUAUUCCAAAAAUGAGAGAAAGAGUUUACUAUUUCCCACAAGGUCACAUGGAACAAUUGGAAGCAUCAACAAAUCAGGAGUUAAGUCAGAGGACAACAAUGUUCAAUCUUCCCUCAAAGAUCCUUUGCCGUGUUAUGAACAUUCAGCUACUGGCUGAACGAGAAACCGAUGAGGUUUAUGCACAAAUUACUCUGAUGCCAGAAUUAGAUCAAACUGAGCCAAAAAGUCUAGAUCGAUGUGCUCUGGAUCCUCCUAGGCCUACUGUUCACUCAUUCUGCAAGGUUUUGACGGCUUCCGACACAAGUACUCAUGGUGGAUUUUCUGUCCUUCGUAGGCAUGCAAAUGAAUGCCUUCCACCCUUGGAUAUGACCCAGCAGACACCGACCCAGGAACUCGUGGCCAAGGAUCUGCAUGGGAUUAAAUGGCAGUUUAAGCAUAUAUAUAGAGGCAAACCUAGCAGGCACUUGCUUACAACGGGAUGGAGUAAUUUCGUCACUUCUAAGAAAUUAGUCGCUGGAGAUUCUUUUGUAUUUUUGAGGGGAGAGAAUGGGGAGUUACAUGUUGGAGUUAGACAUCAUGUUUGUCAACAGAGCUCCUUGCCAUCGUCAGUGAUUUCAAGUCAGAGCAUGCACCUCGGAGUGCUUGCAACUGCAUCCCAUGCUGUAGCAAGCAAGACCCUCUUUGUUGUUUAUUACAAACCGAGAACAAGUCAAUUCAUCAUAGGCCUGAACAAAUAUCUUGAAGCUCUAAACCAUGGUUUUGGAGUUGGCAUGAGAUUCAAGAUGCAGUUUGAGGUCGAGGAUUCUCCAGAGAAGAGGUUCUCAGGUACAAUAACAGGAGUCGAAGAUAUUUCUCCUCACUGGGAAGAUUCUAAAUGGCGAUCACUGAAGGUUCAGUGGGACGAACCUGCAUCCAUUCCAAGACCUGAAAGGGUUUCUCCAUGGGAGAUAGAACCAUUUGUGGCUUCAGUUCCCACAAGCCUGGUUCAACCAUCGGCAGCAAAAAAUAAAAGGCCAAGAUUGCAUGUUGAAACCCCAGUUCCUGAUACUCCAAGUUCAACAGCAUCAGCUGUGUGGAAUCCGUCCCGCGAAUCACAUCAAGUAAUUGGCUCUCUUGAAGAACAAAGGAGUGAACAAGUUGACACUGGUGGCACUCUCAUCAGAAACAGAAACGGCAACACUUCUGGAACUCUUUUAGAGGGAGACUGGCUAUCUCCUGAUGUGAAUUCGUCUCUUAAUAUGUUUUCUGAAGAAACAGAAGAGAGCAAAAGUGCAUCGGCUUGGUCUAUUUUUUCAAACUGUUCAGCCCCAAAUUCUGGAAAACGGAGUAAUAGUCGCAUUUCUUGCCUGAAUGAUGGGAGGAAAUUAGAUGCGUCUGCAACUUGCAGAUUAUUUGGUAUUGAUUUGAACAGCCCUUUGACGGGUGCUGCCCUUCUCGAGAAAUCCUCUCUAAAAUCAGUUGAUAAACUAAAUGAUGCUUCUGAAGGAUGCGUCUCAAAUCAACGGCAGCAGUUACAAGUACCAGUAAAGGAGGUUCCUAGCAGACAGAAUCACUCCACUAGAAGUCGCACCAAGGUUCAAAUGCAAGGUGUUGCUGUGGGUCGUGCUGUGGACCUAACUGCGUUAAAGGGAUACGAUGAGCUUAUAAGUGAAAUUGAAGAGAUGUUCGAAAUAAAGGGUGAGCUUCAGCUCCGACAUAAUUGGGAGAUUGUUUUCACUGAUGACGAAGGAGACAUGAUGCUUAUGCGCGAUUAUCCAUGGCUAGAAUUCUGUGAUAAGGUGCAGAGGAUUUUCAUCUAUUCUAGCCAAGAUGUGAAAAAAAUGAGAGCAGGAAGCAAGCUUCCUCUAUCUUCGACAGACAACUGAAGGAGAUGCUUUAACUUGGAAGUUGGUGAAGAUUAAAAUUAAAUUAAUUUCACAUUUUCUUGUUCAUCCCUGCUUUUUCCUUUUAAUUUGUUUUUCAAUGGAAAAAGCUUCAGUUUUUCGCUGUUGUAGAGGUCUUGAGGAAUUUCUUGUUUGUUUCUCUGAUUCUGUGUCAUCAAGAUGGAUGGCUAUAGAUAUGGAUGUAGCAUCAGGCUAACAACCAAGAAAACUAGCUGUUUGCGACUAGAAAUUUUACGAGUAAUCGGGGGUGGGAUUAGGAUUAGAAUCUGUGUAUAUCAGAGGUGUUUCCGGUGGAUUUGGAUGUAAAUAUAAAUUUCUUGGCAUCUGGUUUAUAAAUUGCCAGGUUCUUUUGGAAAUGUGUACUUCAAUAAUCCAGGGCAUUUCAUUUUCUUC